UGUGGAGGUGGGGGGAGCAGUGGUCCCACCAACACCUUGGACUUGGGCUGGAUCCGUGUGAGGCCCCAGAAAUGUUUCCCAGCCCAUUCUUCCCAAGAACCAAUGAGUAAAAUUAGGGGCCUCCCUCCUGUGGUCAGGGAAUCAGGCCCUGGAGUGGAACUUGGGGUGGAAGAUGGCCUUCUUUGUCAACUGAUUCGUUCUCCGGAAUUCAACUUGUUCUCCAACUCAGUGGUGUUUGAAAGCAACUUUAUCCAGGUCACUAAACCUGGGGACUGGAUGGAUGUCUAUGAAGGAUCUACCAACGUGAUUCUUGGAGUGACCUCUUCAGUGCCCUCCUUGCCACUCCCCAAUGUCCUCCUGAUGGCCAAUGUCACUUGGCCCCAGAGUCCCACCUGGAGCACACCUGGUGUUGCCCCUGUCAUCACCCUCAGCAGGAUUCUCCCCCUGAAAUAUGUGGAGCUACAAAUCUAUGACCGGAUCCAGCGCAUCCUGCGGGUUCGCACAGUGACUGAAAAGAUCUACUACCUGAGGCUCCACGAAAAACAUCCAGAGGCCGUGUUUCAAUUCUGGAUCCGCCUGGUGAAAAUUCUGCAGAAAGGUCUAUCCAUCACCACCAAAGACCCAAGAAUUCAGUUUACUCACUGCCUGGUGCCCAAGAUGCCCAGCUCCUCCACGGAAACAACACCUGAAAGCAGCCUCCCGUCAUCCUCCCAGACCAGUGAGACACUCUUGCUGCUGGUAGCUGAGCAGACCAGUGAUGGUUUCUUGGAACUCUCAGGAAGGUCCCCGCUCACAGCAGACAGAAACGACAACAGUGCCACUGAAAUAAUUGAGUCCACCCAUUGCAAGACAUCUUCGAUGGUGGCAUCUCCAGUCAGUUUGAAUGUACCCAUGAGAGCCACCUUGAGCCACAGCCUCUGGGAACAAGAGAACCCAGAUGAGUACUUCCCACAGGUUCCUGUAGCCAGUUCCCUAGGAGAGAACUUCUUGGGACCCUGA